UCACACUUCAGACUUGAAACUUCGAACGCUGAGCCCACAACCCACUUGUACAAAGAGCCGCCGUCGCAAAACCCAUUUUUCCCGCCAUCCGCCCCACCCCCUGAAAUCCUGUACAGAGCGAAAUGUGAUAUAAACAAGCUCAGAGAUAGUUCUAGGGUGCUUCGUCUCGUGGAGUCACGAUUCUCAAGUUUCAGCUCACCAGGGAAACCAAGUUCCACCAGAGGUGCUCGCAAUGGCACAACGUCAGCAGCCCAGCCGUGGCACGAAGAGCAAACAUGCGACCCUCGGCGGUCAUUACAAGGAUCAAGGAGGUCUGGCUGAAGCACAGACUGAGAGCGGUGGCCAGUCAUUUGCUGGCGAGAUUGUUGGGCUGCAGUUACCUGAUAUGGGACCGCCUGCACUGGCAACUGGCAGAAGUGGCGUGAGGAGCCUCAGCGCUGUUCUGCAGCAGGCCCCUCGUGCGCCUUCCCCUUGCAACGUUGCGAGUAACAAUGAUUCGGGGAUCAACGGUGAGGUCAACCAUGAAGCCCCCGCUUCUGUGUCACAUCUUCCAGCCAGCCCAGCCAGGCUCCCAGCCCAGCCUCCUGCUGCCUCAACGCCUGUCCAUGCUCCUCCCACGCUUGGUGCAACUGGUGAUGCCUCAAUUCCAGCAGCUGCCACGGCCUUCACGGCAGCGGAGGCGAACCAGCAAACGGAUGAGGAUGAGGCGAUCAUCAUGCCUACAGCUUAUACCGCCGUUGGUACCCGGCUCUUUAAGCGAGCCGCUGGCGUUGAGACAAACGGCGGGGUGGAUCUGCUUUACAGCGAGAAAGGCCGGAAGAUGUCAAGGCUCAAUGACGAUGUUCGUCUGCGAAACACGCAGCUUGAGGAGGAAGCACUUGCUUCUAGAGACGAACUUCAACGACAGACGGUGGUCACCACUACGUCGCUGAGGGCGGUAGAGAACUUGGCCAACCACAUGGAGAAGAAGGUUCUCACGGACAAGCGCGUGAAUGACAUCAUGAAGCAGGCAGUUAGCCUCACCAUCAGCAAGCCCCCGUACAUUAACUAUGCUCCAGAUGAAGCCCACUGGCUGAACCUCUUUGUUGAGCUGGCAAACGUGCAGCCACUCUCAGAAACCGCAUUCAAGCUUAAGCUUGAACUAUCGAACUCUGAUGCCUUAGAGCGGACUGCCAAAAUGUUCAACAACAGGUUUGGGAAAAGGCUUUCCAACCUCAGGCUCGGAGCACUCCUUAAUUCCCCUCUUAAGCUAAUCAAAGCUGUGAUCAACAGCGAUGGGAAGAAGUGCUACAAGAAGGACACUGAGUUCGCACUUGCAUGUGUGAAGUGGGUUGCUGAGAACGCAAUUGAUGACACAGGGAUCCCAUGGCACGAGUGGUUGGGUGUCCCGUUCUCGAGCCCUGCCUUUCUUGCGGUGGGGAAAGUGUGGACAGGGAAGGCCGGUCCAGUCGUAGCGCUGCACCGACAUCAGCUCACCCUCACUAUGGCCGUGAUUCGUCACAAGUUGCGCAAUCCGAACAUGGCACGCAUUCAGCUAGAAAGGUCUGGAGAUCCUGAUGCCCUCGGAAGGCAGGAGCGCGUCGUCCAGCGCCUGCUCAACCGGUUCCAGGCCACCAAGUACAACGGCAACAACUACUUCAUCGGCAAGCUGUACCUCAUGGAUUGGGUGGAUGUCCCAGAGAACAUCCUGGCCCUUGAUUUCGUGGGGGACCGUGACGUAGAUGAUGUGGUUGAAGGCGACCUGAAUGGAGAGGGUGUGGAGGUUAUUUUCUGAAGGGGGCGAUGGGGCAAGUUGCAUGUGGAUGUGCUUCGUUAUCAGGGAUGUGAUUCAAGACGUGCUGGUGUUUUGGAAGUUGAUUAGGGCUUGUCUUUAUGUUGGAUGAAGAGGUAUUGUUGAGGGUUGUUUUUCAUUGCCAAUAAUAUCUGUUAUGGUUUGCGGGAAUCUGACUUGGGGGAAUCUGACUCGGGAACAUCACCUGCGAAUCUCACGUGGGAAUCUGACCUGGGAAUCUGACCUGGGAUUCUGACCUGGGAAUGUGACCUUGGGAAUCUGACCUGGGCAGCUGACCUAGGAAUAUGACCUGGGAAUGUGACCUGGGAAUCUGACUUGGGAAUCCGACCGACCUGGGAAACUGACUGACUUGGGAAUGAAUCUGACUUGGGGGAAUCUGACUCGGGAACAUCACCUGCGAAUCUCACGUGGGAAUCUGACCUGGGAAUCUGACUUGGGAUUCUGACCUGGGAAUGUGACGUGGGAAUCUGACAUGGGAAUCUGACUUGGGAAUUUGACAUGGGAAUCUGACCUGGGAAUCGGACCUGUGAAUCUGUCUCGGGUAUGUAACUUGGGAAUCUGGCUUGGGAAUCGGACUAGGGAAUCUGACUCAGGAACCUGACAUGGGUGUCUGACUCCGGAAUCUGACUCAGUAAUUUGUCUCGGGGCAUCUGACUUGGGAAUUUGGCUUGGAAUCUGAGCUGGGAAUCUGACUUGGGAAUCUGACUGGGGAAUCUCACUUGGGAAUCUGACUCGAGAACCCGACUUCUGAAUCUGACACGGGAAUCUGACUUGGGAAUCUAACGUGGGAAUCUGACCUGGGAAUCUUACUUGGAAUCGAACUAGGGAAUCUGACAUGGGAAUCUGACUUGGGAAUCUGAACUGGGAAUCUGAACUGGGAAUCUGACUUGGAAAACUGACCUGGGAAACGGACGUGUGAGUCUCUCGGGUAUGUGACUCGGGAAUCUGACUUGGUUAU